UCGGACGCAGGGCGUGCUGUCGACGUGGGAGCGCGCUCUCGCUCAACCCUCCCUGGAAAGAAGACGCACCGGGAGCGUCCGCGUGUUGGGCGCCGGAAAAAUCGGUGUUUUUGUUCUCCAGGGCGCGGAGGAGUCGGAGUGUGGGGUGCUGCUCUUCUUUGAUCGCAGUCGCCCGCCGCCGAAGCACUUUACUCAGGUGGGACGCGUUACGAGGCGAUGGUGCGGGGCUCGGAGUCGUGGUGAUGCGCUGCCGCGACCGUUGCCUGCGGAAGCAUCGGCCAAGCGGAGCGGGCUCGGGACCUCUGAUCGGUGUCGCACGCCCGGCGCGCUGAAGGACCGCCUCCCUACGUUGUCGUCGCUGUGGAACUGUCGAAACGAAGAGCAGCUGACAGCUUCGGCAUGAACCGAAGGACCGCAGCUAUGAGACCAGGACGAUUGGUGUUCGCUUUCCCGCUACUACACGUUCUUGCCACGAUGGGACGCUUGAUGGCGACUGCGCAAGACACCAAGGCAUCGCACAGCCGACCGACGAUCGUGGUCAACCAGGGCCAGCAGACGGAGCUGCCGUGCGAGACGCGCAACCCGACCUUCAACAGCACGCAACACGCGUUGCGCGUCGAGUGGUUUCACCUGGGGCCCCACAGGAGAGCCCAGCACGGCCCGUCGUCCUCGUCGGGCGCAGCCUCUGGCAGUGCCUCCAGUCAACCCAUCUACACGGUGGACUUCGGGGCGCCCAAGGACUCCGCUGGGAAGCCCACCACCGGAACGAGGGCCAACCUACUGCAGGUGGUCCGCUGGGCGCGUCCCGAGUGGCAGGGCAGGGCCUACUUCCACAUGGUGGGCUACCCGUUCUCGCUGAAGGUGACGGGACUGCGGUACGAGGACACCGGCGAGUACGUCUGUGUCGUCACUUUCCGGGACGGCACCGGCCGCAACGCCAGCGUGCGCCUACAGGUCGUCGUGCCACCGGAGCUGCCCGUGAUCGUGGAUGAAUCGGGACGCAGCCUGCACGGUACCGUGGGACCUUACGACGAAGGCUCGCGCCUGAGCCUCCUCUGCCGGGUCAAAGGAGGGAAGCCGUCUCCGGUUCUUACAUGGAAGCGCAACGGUGACUACUUCCCCACGAAGACGCUGACGUCAGUGGCCGGCGACGUGAAGCAGUCCAAGCUCACGCUGUCAUCCCUGCAGCGGAGCGACCUCAUGGCCACCUACACGUGUGUCUCCUCCAACAACGUGUCCAGUCCCAUGGAGGUCUCCGUCACGCUGGAACUGAACCUGGCGCCGACAUCGGUGCAGAUCCGCAAGAGCGAGGCUCCAAUCUCGUCGGGCCUCACUGCCGAGAUACUGUGCGAGGUUUGGGGUUCGCGGCCUCCACCCGAGAUCACCUGGUGGAAGAGCAGCGAGCAGCUGAACCAGACUUUCGUGCACGUGUCGCAGGACGGAAACCUGACCACAAGCGUGGUGGCAUUCUCACCGCAGCGCUCCGACAACGGCCAGAUGCUGGUGUGCCGUGCGCAGAACCCGCGCCUCAGAAACAGCGCCCGCGAGGACCAGUGGGAGCUCAGCGUGCACUACAAACCGAGGGUGCAGCUCCGCCUCGGACAACAGAUGUCGUUCGACAACAUCCGCGAAAGGACUGACGUCACCUUCCUGUGCGUCAUCGACGCCAACCCACCGGUGGAAGAGGUCCAGUGGAUUUUCAACGGUCGAGAGCUGCGGCCCGCUCCCACGGCCGCAGAUAUGCUUGGCGGGAAGCGGCCCAUGCGCAACAACCUUGUCAUUCGCAACAUCGGCACCAGUCACUCGGGCAACUACUCCUGCUUGGGAGCCAACUCGGAAGGCGUGGGCACAAGUGCUGACGUCAACAUACACGUCAAACACUCCCCCGUGUGCCGUUCCCACCAGCGGGUAGUGUACACGGCGGCACGUGCCGAGGAGGUUGACGUGUCCUGCGAGGUGGAGGCACAUCCGGCGGCCGUCACUUUCCUCUGGCUCUUCAACUCGAGCCUGCAGAGCCAUCAGCUCGACUCCGUCCACUGGAACGGCACCCAGAGCACGGCGCGCUACGCGGCGCAUUCCACCGACGAUUACGGCACGCUCCUGUGCUGGGCCCGCAACGAGGUGGGACGCCAGGAGCAGCCGUGCGUCUUCCUCGUCGUGCCUCAGGGGACCAGACUUCAGUUAUCCGACGAGACUCUGCUGACGAUGCUGAUAUCGGCAGUCACGGUUCUCUUCCUCCUACCGCUGUGCAUCAUCAUUGCGCUUCGACUGCGUAACAAGAGGAAUGACGAAGAAGAAGGCCCGCAGACGCCCAAGAGCAGCAACCACCAGUCGCAGUCGCAGCCGCCGCAGCAGUCGCACCAGCAUUCAGCUUCCAAGUCCGGCAGCGGCAAGGGGGCCCAUAGCAACGGCAAGGCGGACGACUACUGGAUCAGCCGCGAGACGACCACGUAGCGGGAGAGCCCGGAGUCACCGUCGCCCGCUGCCGUGGCCUACGCGGCAGCGGCGGCAGCGGCGACUCCCGACAGGGGCAUCGAGCAACCGCCCCUGUCCGCACCGCCAUGCUGGUGGUCGGACACGUCGGCGCGCCACGUGGCGCUCACGUCUGCGGUGACUGCGCCGGCUCACGCACAUCCCGAGCGAGAAGCGGUGGCGCUGGCCUCGUUUCACGCGGCCCAGCCACCGCCUCAGCGUCGGCUACCGCAGCACCUGCACCUCAUGCCGCAGCUGUCGGCGCACGAGCAGGAGCUGCGUCGGCGAAUCCAGCUGCAGCAGCAGCACCAGCAGCAGCAACAGGCCGCCUGUGUCAUGUCGGCCAGAGUGGAGGCAACACACGGGGGCGUUGACACCGGUUACGGAGUCUGAGAAACAAGGUGCCUUAUGCGUCUAUUCUGAAGAAAUACUGCCGCUCAACAUACUCCAUUUCUGUGUGGACCCUUCCAUCUUCGUUGAAAAUUCCCUAAACUGUGACCAUUCCAAGAAACACUGAGGAAGUGUCCCGCUAUGAAAAAAAAAGAUCUACAAAGAAGACCACUGGAAUCGCAUAUCGGCAGACAACAGUACUAAACAAGCAUCUGCAUUCAGAUGGUGGUUUGUGUGAAGUGGACAAGCAAUCUAAAUCUACUGACGGGACGCCAAACUUGAAGAUGACAGACAAUGCCUGUCUUGGAAGCUGCGCCAACAGAACUGAAAUGAAGUUCUAAGGAAGUGUUACCAUGGGUGUCGUGUGAAAGAAAGAGAACAAUUGUGAGAGAAAAAAAACCCGAAAGGACCACCUUUGUAAGGUGUGAGCGCUUUUGUUCCCAACUCUUCCCUUUUUCCCUUUGAGGUGCGCGUUAUCAAACAAAAUGUAGGUAGUAAAACAAACCAAUCAUCCCCCUGCGAACUAGCAUCAAGCAAUGCUUUAUGUUGAAGGUAAGUUUAUAGAGAACGUGCGUUUCGUCCUUAGGAUUUCCGUGACAAGCGUAAAAGCUUCUCCCAUCUCGUCACGUGGCUGGUGCCGAUGCACGUUUUCAGUAUUGUGUACAAAUGUUUUCAUGCAUACAUGGACAAAUUUACCGAACUGACUGCCGGUGCUGUAUAGACGUAGUUAGAAGUGUUUAGCUUCUUUUCAAUGUCAGUCGACUAGACUCCAUCACCUUCGCUUACCCUUAGCACACCCAUCAGAUAUGUUCCCGUCACCGACACUGCCUGAAGGCAUGGAAAAGAUAUGUUCAUUUGUGCAUGCGGUUGUUCUUUAUUAAAAAAAUUCACGAAAGUUCAAACUGUUCUAAUAGGAAGGCGUCUUGUUGAAUAUUGUAAAGUGUCUUCACGCCUACACAAUCUGUUGUCAGCAUUGGUGUAUUGCUCUUGAUUAAUAUUUGAAAUUAAAGAAUUCA